AUGGCCAUCUAUGCGCCGACAAUGCUGACGAUAUCUUCUCGAAGCCAACACUUGCAGCACACAGAGAUACCGUUGCGGGGAAGAGUGAUUUCACCAGACCCCGACUACUCCGCGCCGAGGGGUGCGCAGUCGUUGAGUCCGCCGCCAAAGAGUGCCCAAACACGUUCCACCAGGUCGCGAGCCAACUCUACGCGCUCAUCGUACGAGACCAACGCCACGUCUCUGAUCCCCUUGCAGACCAAAGGUCUAGGGGACGAUGAUCUUUUGGAGCCCAUCCCAGACGAAGAACUUGAACCUGGCUCCUUCGACCUCGUGGCACCAGACCAGGGAAUCAGCCGGCAGCACUCGCUUGAAACACGAUCAGAAGUCUUGUUCUCGAAGGAACACCUGAAGGGCAUAUUUUCCGACUACGUGCUUCUUCAGAAGUUCACAGACUUCCUGGCUGAAACGCGCCGCGAAUCCCUGCCGCUCUUGACGUACUACCUCGACUCGAUGAAGGCCUUGCGAGCCAUUGCGUACGCUAAUGCCAUUUCCCGGGCACUGGACGCCACGGAUGGCCAUGACUUCACUAGCGAGGGGCCUGGAAAGACUACCAACACGGCUCUAGAGAAGAAAGCCGAGGCUGCCUUCGAGGCACUGACUCGCGAAGACCUGCCUGCUUACAUCACGCAUCUGUGGACGCAAACAAAAUUCUACCGAACGACUCAGUAUGGCAUGAACUACGUUAUUGGACGCAACUGUCGUUUCCUCCAGGGGCCGAAGACCAACCCAUUCAGCGUUCAGAGAAUACGGGACAAGUUGCUGGCCGGCAAGGAAUGCUACGAGACCUUUCUCAACUACCGCCGUGAUGGGUCGCCUUUCAUGAAUCUUCUCAUGAUGGCCCCUCUGUACGACAGCCGAGGCACAAUAAGAUACUUCAUUGGGGCGCAAGUCGACGUUUCUGGGCUCGUCAAAGAGAGUUCUGGGCUUGAUGCCAUGAAGAAACUCAUGGCAGAGUAUGAAGCCAAGGAACCCGGCGAUGAUGCUGAUCACAAUCCCGAAGAGGACUCUAAGGAUGAAUUCAAAGAUCUCUGUGAGAUGUUCAACUCGACCGAGCUGGAGACUGUUCGACGGUGUGGCGGGGACAUGUACCGCGUCAAGCAGGAGGAGGCGGACCAGUCCAAUGGCGGGUCGACGAACUGGAACAAGCCUCGCAUCUUGCUGAGAGAGGAGUCACUGGCGGCGCAGAGCCAGCCUUCAUCACCAACAGCAUCCAGCGGCAGACUUACGGGUAUCUACGCGCAUUAUCUUCUUGUCCGACCAUAUCCCAGCCUGCGCAUCCUGUUUGCUUCGCCAUCGCUCCGGGUACCCGGAAUUCUGCAAUCGCCCUUCAUGAGCAAGAUAGGCGGGUCCGAUCGUGUCCGCGAAGGACUCACUCAGGCGUUCGCGGACGGCCAUGGCGUCACAGCCAAGAUACGGUGGUCGUCCAAGCCGGGCGUUGAGGGCCGACCGCGCUGGAUUCACUGCACGCCGCUGGUGGGCAGCAAUGGUGCUGUCGGCGUCUGGAUGGUUGUCCUCGUCGACGACGAGCGUCGCAGGACGUCGCAGCCGCCGACGGCACAUAACGAGGACAAUAUGAGCCUACGCAGCUUCGCGGCCAUGAACAGGGAUCCUGAAGCCAGCACUGUUGGCGACGCUCGGCCAGGCAGCCGGGGGACAUGGGGGACCAGCCGCACAGAUCGCCCGGAGACGCCGUACACGCUCCGCCUAGGCGAUGAGUGA